AAAGACUUUUUUCUUAAUUUUCCACCUAAUUGUCAUAGAAAAAACAUGAAUAAAACUAUGUAUAAUUAUGUAUUUCUGUCAAAUUAUACUUUUGUGACACAUUUUAAAGCAUAGUUUGUCUACAUUUUACUUGUUGCCAUGUUUUACAGAAAUAAAUUUAUCACAUAAUUAUAUAAAAUGCUAAAAAUAACCAUGCUCAUUUUUACUAAAGAGAGUAAAAAAGGGUAGGCUAGCCAAAAUCUAGUUAAAGUAUUUGAAACAUUUUUCGUCUGAUAUUGUUCUUUAGAUACGGUAACAAUUCGGUGCCAGGCUCGUUCAAACAAUGCUAAGUCCAAAGACGAAUUGAUGUCUUUAAUGUCAUUUCUAAAUAUGAUAAAUAGAGUAGUCCCCAUCACAGAGCCCUGGGAAACACGCCCUCCAAUGCUUUUUUAACAAUGGCUCCUAGUACUUGGAUAUAAGAUGUUCUGCCUAACAGAUAUAAUUAAUUACUUAUGAGGCGUGUGAUAUUUGUAGAAAAACUUAGUAGGCUUCGUAUAAGAGAGAGUGCCAUAUUUUCGUGUGGUCUGCGGGGAUGAUAAACCUGUUAUUUGCUCCAUAUCGAUAAGCUGAAACCUAGUUUUUUCCCUGCCAUCUUCAGUGGUUUUAUUUUUUUUUUUUAUUAUUUAUUUAUUUAUUUAUUUUAUUUUUUUUUUUUAAAUCUGCUCGUUCAUUCUGACCCCCAAGUUCAGCCGCUUCCGUCUAUAAUAAAAAAGCUAAAAAAGAGGUGUGAUGUUAAGUCGUCUGUUUUUAGUCGGGUAGGUACGUGUGCCGGCGUUUUCGUUGUCGGUGCCUUUGGUAGCUUUUUUUCUGUUGAAAAAGUUUAGAAGAAUACAGCAAUAGCAUGCUAUUUAUUGCUGAAUUGCCUGCAUUCCGAUUUAUUACGAAAUAAAUAUUAAAUUAUUAAGGCAUGAUUAUAAGAAAAGUGGUGCGUUUGAUCUCGCUGUUCGCCUUUCCGGUGUUCCGUCUUACGCCCGUAUUGUAUCUUAAAAUCAAGCCCUUUAACGGAACCGGAACUUUUUAUUCAACAGAUGUUUCCACUCAACAUGUUCAUAAAUUUGAUGUUCAACCCACGGAGACCGUGAAACCGUUGAAAUAUUUACUGGUUAAUAAAAGUCCCAGUCCAGUUUCGAUUUUUCAAUAACAAAACCCAAUAAAAUCGAGAGUCGCCCUUGAAAACUUAACGUGAGUAAAAGGUGGAUUAUUAUCUCAAUGAGUCAGCAGGGUGUGUUCGUUUCCUGUAUACAAGAACAUAACUGAAAUAAAAUUUUUAAGUUUAAAUUUCCAGACCAAGACAGGUUUAUUGGCCUGCGAGUUGAUGCCAACAGCAAGAACUUGCGGGCCAACUGCUGGAUGAACGCCUCCGUUUAAAAAAAAAACUUGUUAUGGUUUAAAAUUACUAAGUUAACAUUCCCGCCAUAGUUGUGCAGAAUGAAAUUAUUAAUUUCCUUGGUAACGAUUUGCACAUAGUUUAUAAUUUUGGGUACGAGCUGUUUCGCUGAACUGCCGCGAUUUGGAUGGAUUAACUUAAUUUUGUUUGACGCAAGAAAUCAAAAUCAAAAUGUACCUAGCUUAUCGGUCGUUUUACACCUUACCCAGCAGUAAGGAUAAAUAAACAAAAAGUAAUAAGAAAUUAGUAUUAGGAGGCCUUUAACUUAAAAUACACCCAAAUAUUGAGGUUGUCAAUACUUUUGCCAUAUAUCUUCCAUCUAAUUUAUCAAAGUUGCGUAUGUGAAAGAAGGAAGAAGAGAAGGAAAGUGGCCGUCAAGAGGUGAGAGGGGGAAGGCAGAAAGUGGGCUAGACCUGAUCACCAGGCCACAAACGGUCCUCUUCAGAGAUGAACGCGAUCUGUUUCGUGGUGAUCCUCGGUAUAGCGGCCUGCGUCAGGGCCGACGAGGCCCUCCGGGAGGACAAGACGACGGACGACGUCCUCGUGGAAGAAACGACGAUGACUGCCGUGGAUUACACUCAGAAAAGCAACGGCAACGCCGAUCAACCCGAAUCAAAGAUUUACGAUAAAGUCGAUGGGAAGAAUAAGAUAAAAAUCAAACGCCCCAAAGGCCCGAGUAAAAAGAUGGCUUCAAAGCUGCUCCCUCUUCUACUCAUCCCGCUCAUGAUCCAGUCACAGAUGAUGCCGCUGAUGCUUCUCAAGCUGAAGAUGAUGGCUGUGAAAGCGAUGAUGAUUGGUAAGCUGGCACUGUUCAUCCUCGGUCUGAACCUUUUGAGAAAUGCGAUCAUCGGAGCAAACAAUAUUGACCAACAAUACGAGCAACAAACAUUGGCGCAGUCUCAUUACGGCUACAAUGGCGGCCCCGAAUACGGCUCUUAUAUCAACAGGAGAAUGCUCUCAGCAGGACCUUACUGGCAAUAUUCAUGACGAAUACCAUAAAUUUUAUAAAUACUGUAAAUAUUGUAUACUCUUAUUAUAUUAAAUUAUUUAUUUUCAA